CCGUAAUCUUCUGCCAGAGUAAACAUGUGACAGAGGGAACCUACUUUCAGCAGCAGCAGCAGCAGCAGCAGCAGCCAACGAAGCAGACAGACAGAGUAACACGAGCCAGUAAGUAAUGCCACUCAUCUUGUGUUUCAGACAAGCGUCCAUAACGAGACAUGCAAGGGCUAUUCUACAGCCACCGCACAUUCUGCUGGGUGUUGGCGGUGGCAGCAAGCAUGGCUGUGCUGGUGAUGGUGGUGGCCGCAGUGAUGAUAACAGUGGUGAACCCAUGGCUGCUCCUCAGCAAAGCUGACAGCGCCGGAGCAGGAGUGGGUCUACUACCGACGGGAACGCCCCUAGACGCUGACCUGCGGGCAGCCUUCCAUCUGGCAGCGCGGCGCAGCGGCGCAGGGGUGCCGCUGCUGGAGGGCACCACCGCGGAGACGGCCGAGGACGUGGUGGCGGCCUUCAUGCAGCUGUGGGAGGCAGGCGUGAGGGUGUUCCUGGCAGGCGGCGGCGCCACGCACACGGAGGCCUUGUGUCGACACCUGCAGCAGGCAGGGAAGGAGGCGCUGCUCGUAUCGCUCACAGCCGACGCUGACACUCCCUCAUGCAGCAGCAGCAACGGCAGCAGCAGUCUGCUGGCGUCUCUCUCCCCCCCGCCCUCCGCGCUGAUGGCCGUGGAGGUGGCGGCGCUGGCAGAAGGUGGUGCUACCCACCUCGUGCCCGUGCUUAUGCAGUCGCAGGCGGGAGAGUCGCUCCUGCCGAGCCUCAGGGCGGUGGCGGCGGCCAGCAACAUGAGCGUGGCCCAGCCCGUCUACCUGGACACCGCACGCCCCUCCGUCAUGCAGGUGAGUCAGGCUCUGGACAACGCGCCCGGGGCCGCCGUCUGGCUGACAGCAGACCACCACCUGCCGCAUCUCAUGGCGUCGCUGAGGGACGCCUUCUACGGCCGCCUUGUCAUGCUACACGCCCAUCCCGCUCACCUCGCCGCCCUCCUUGCUGAUCCUGCCGCCCGCGCCGCCGCCGAGACCUGCGCUGUCACCACAGUGCAGUGGGCGGGGCCCUCCAGUGUUAACAGCCUCGCCCACCGCCGCCUCAUGGCUGUCCUCACGCCCACGGACCCGCUGGCGGCCGCCCUAGCCUACCACGCGGCCACCCUGGCUAUCGAUGCCGCACUCCACGGCAGCGCCCGCACUGCGACGCAACUCAAGACUCGCCCACCGGAGGAGGCGAGUGGGUGGGGCGCUGAACCUGGCCAGGAACAUGAGGUCUGGCGGACAGAGGAGAUGGGCAGCGCCCCUGCCAUGCAACAAGCAGGGUGGGCAGCACGCCUCCGUCUAGUAAAGCAACACCUGGUGGAGACAAUGGUGAUGCAGGACUCGCCAUGGCUGCUGGAGGGCAUGACCUGGGUGCACGAAGGCGCCGACCCGUCCUCCUGGGUGGUGAGGGGGAGCUACGCCCCCGCUCGCCUGCUCACACGAGAGGAGAUGUGGCUGCUGGGGAAGCACGCGGGCUGCGGCUCCCUAGCCAGGGUGGAGGUGCGUGCCCACGACCCCCUCACCAACCGCCCUGUCCUUGCUGCUUGGCCAGUCCAUACCACGCCAGAAGUGCUCCUCAUACCCAACUUCUCCCCGCGGGGCUUCAGUGUCAAGGCACACUGCCCGGGCCGUGCCAGGAGGGAGGUGGAGGUGGGGUGCCAGGGUGUCGCAACACUCAAUGAGUCUUCAAGUUGUUUGGUGGUGGAGUCCAGGGGAGGCAGGCAGCGGCGUGAUAUACACAACUAUAUUCCUUACCACAGCCUGCCCUCUCUCCCACCCAAAGAAAAGGAUACAAAUCCUUACAUCAUCAUAAGGAAGCUGAAAGGUCUCGUCAAACACCCUGAGUUCGAACAAUUUGUCCCCCAAAUUGGUGGUUGCAUUGGAAGCACUGUUGGCUGCAGUAUUUGUUUUAUAUACACUAUGGCAGCCAGUAUGGCUACCCUGCCCAGUGUGUGUUAUGGAUCAUGUGCCGUGGGAAUGUCUGGCUCAUGCCUCGCUCUAGUUACAAGGGGCACUCAAUUCAAGCUGAGCAUCACAGUCAUAUGCACAGAGCUGUUCACACAGGGCCAACUCUCCUGGGAUUCCUACAUUGCAGACGCCGCCUACGGAGCACGCUUGGCAGCAACUAACCCCGAGGCGCUGCGAGGCUACCAGCUGAUGGCAGGUCCCCUGGUGGCUGCCAUGCAGGUCAGUCCGAGCCUCUCCAGCCUGGUAGAGGUGCUGGCACGGCCUUGGGUCAGGCACAUGGAGUUUGAGGAGGGCGUGGCGGAAGCUGAUGACCCAGUGGGGCGCCUCAUGACUGCCCUGGGCCUGCCGCUGUGCUCAGCUGUGGGUCUGCUGCACCACCACAUCCUCACGGCAGCACUUGUCGCCCUGACGACCACCCUGACCUGGCGCGCCCUCAAGUGACUCACACACCUCGGGGAUGAAUUUACCACAUGCUUUGCUACACUCCACCAAGACUCUUUGGGUGGAGGGAGAGGCGCACAGGGUGGUAGCAGGAAAGUUUUCUGUGAUGUUUGUGCUACAUGUGACUGGAAUUCUAGCCAGCUUAUGCCAAAUCAGUUGGAGGGAUGAUUAUUCUUCACAUUUUUUAACUGCAAUGUUUCUUAGGUGUACCAUUAACUUUUCACCAGAUUUUAAGUAUAUAAUUGAAUGCCACUCAGUCUGAACAAACACACACUCACGUGUUAAGAUGAUGUUACUGAAAUGUGCUGAUGAUCAUCAAACUCAAAAGAGCAGCCUACACAUAUUACAGACUGCUGCCUUCCCAAAUACAGUAGAACUUUGGUUCAUGAACUCAAUCUGUUACGUGCCUUGAUUCGCACACCAAAUGUUCCGUGAACCAAAAACUAUUUUUUCCAUUGAAAUUAAUGUAAAUACAAUUAAUCUGUUUCAGCCUUAGAAAUAUGUUUUUUUUUUUUUAUUUAUUUUUCUAUUUAUUUAUUUUUUUUUGUGUGUGAUGAAGAAUAUAGAAUGAAAUAGAAACAUAUAUCCUUAAAUGGAGACAAAUAACACUAAAUUAAAUCAAA